AGUAGCCUACGUGGUCAUACGUGGUACAGUUAUGUAAUACAUUUGGAAUUUUACCCCUAGACUAUUGUCCAUACCACAAAGAUAUAGACGGACCCGUCCAUAGUCUAGCUUGAUAUAACCUAUUGUGGUUGAUAAGGGACCACUGUACCACAUAACAGCCUAUAGAUUGAAACAUAGUUGAUGCCAUGUUUCAAUCCAUCAUCGGCAAGAACGGGACUGAAUCACCCGAACCUGUCAAAGCAGAAGUAACAGGAUGUGUCCCUGAGUGGCUACAAGGGACAUUGCUGCGCAAUGGGCCUGGUCUCUUUAAAGUGGGAGACACUGAAUACAACCACUGGUUUGAUGGCAUGGCCUUAAUUCAUAGUUUCACCUUCAAAGAUGGUGAUGUGUACUACAGGAGUAAAUUCCUGAGGAGUGACACCUUCAAGAAAAACACUCAGGCAAACAAGAUUGUUGUGUCAGAAUUUGGGACCAUGAUCUAUCCCGAUCCCUGCAAAAACAUAUUUUCAAAAGCCUUCUCCUACCUUCUCGCUGCCAUCCCAGACUUCACAGAUAACAACCUGAUAAACAUCAUUAGAUAUGGUGAGGACUACUAUGCCUCAUCAGAAGUCAACUACAUUAAUCAAAUUGACCCAAUGACCCUGGACGUAAUUGGAAAGAUGAACUACAGGAAUCACAUUGCUCUGAACAUGGCGACUUCACACCCUCACUACGAUGAUGAGGGAAACACCUAUAACAUGGGAACUGCCCUCAUGAGGUUUGGCAUGCCCAACUAUGUCAUCUUCAAGGUUCCAGUAAAUGCAUCAGAUAAGGAGCAUAAGAAGCCUGCCCUGCGGAAGGUGAAGCAGGUCUGCAAUAUACCGUUUCGCUCUACCCUCUUCCCCAGCUACUUCCACAGCUUCGGCAUGACAGAGAAUUACAUCAUCUUUGUCGAGCAACCACUCAAACUGGACAUCGUCAGACUGGCCACAGCUAUAUUUAGAAGCGUCAACUGGGCCAGCUGCCUCAGAUACGACAAAGAGGACAUUACGCUGAUUCACCUGGUCGACAAGACGACUGGGAAGGCUGUGUCCACCAAGUUCUACACAGAUGCCCUGGUGGUUUUCCACCAUAUCAACGCCUUCGAGGACGACGGCCAUGUAGUAUUUGACAUGGUCACCUACAAAGACAGCAAUCUGUAUGAAAUGUUCUACUUAGCGAACCUGAGAAAGGAAACCCAUGAAUUCAUUGAGAGCAACAACGUCAACUUCUCCCCACCAGUCUGCCAGAGAUUCGUCUUGCCUCUCACUGUUGACAAGGAUACUCCAAAAGGAACAAAUCUUGUGAGGCUCAAAGACACAACAGCCAAAACAGUGAUGCAGGGAGAUGGCUCGCUGUAUUGCCUGCCGGAGACAAUAUUUGAAGGGUUGGAGUUGCCAGGGAUUAACUACAAAUUCAAUGGCAAGAAGUACCGUUAUUUCUAUGGCUCAAGAGUGGAGUGGACUCCACACCCAAAUAAGAUUGGGAAGGGGGACAUUGUGACCAGAAAGUACAUUGAGUGGACAGAAGAGGACUGCUACCCCUCUGAGCCUGUGUUUGUUGCCACACCAGGAGCUGUGGAGGAGGAUGAUGGAGUCAUUUUGUCCUCAGUCGUCUCACUCAAUCCAAAGAAAUCCCCCUUCAUGCUUGUCCUUAAUGCCAAAACCUUUGAGGAAAUUGCUCGUGCCUCAAUCGACGCCAGCAUUCACAUGGAUCUGCAUGGACACUUCAUUCCCACACAGGAGCACCAACUGACAUAGCCAGCAGAGGGCAGGAUUGUACCUUAACAUUGUAGAGGGCAAAGUAUUACUCCCAACCAUAUAAAGUUGAUGUCCGUGCCCCCGUGGAAAUUAAAUUAGCAUAAUAAACAAAAAUCCUUCAGUUUAAAGUAGAGAUAUCAGUUUUGUGUGGGCUGCGUCUCAGUCCACCGCAUCCGACAAUGACGGCCUUCCACAUCUGUGGUAGAAGGUGGCAGAGCUACAAGAUCAUGUCUAGAUGGUAACAGAUUGUCAAAUUGACCUCAAAAUGUGAUUAUUUUAGCUAACACUAACCCCUUUCCUAACCGUAACCUAAUUCUCCUAACCUGCUACUUUAAUUAUCGUAACCUGCUGUGUAAGUUCUAAACCUGAUACGAAAAGUAAAUAUGUUAUUUCAUGAAUGAAUCUGUUACUCAAUGCGUUUCUAUGGGCUAAUAUCAGUAAGACCAAAUUCAAUGUUUUAUGAAAUAUUUUUUUUAUACAAAAUUGUAUACCUACAGGGGUCUUAAAAUUCAAAAUCAAAUAAAUUAUCCUUGGUAUGACCAUCUUGAAACAAUUCCAUAUAGCUUAGUAGAAAACCAGCCCCGGGCCAUUCGAUUACUAGGCUACCUCUCCAAUAGUAUUUGCUCAAAUGUUGUAUAAUUUAUGUUUACAGAACAUCUACCACAAAGUGUCUUUUUAAAUCCUAUUUUUAGACAGAGAACGACAUAACCUCUAUUUUUCUAAUCAGGAUGUAUACAAUAUAGUUUUGUAUGUAAAAAGGGUUUAUAAUAAUGUAUUAUUAAUAAUAAUGUAUUCAUUCCAGUCUAUCCUGGUCACCCUAUUGUACAUUAUAUUGUGUUUCUGUCCACCAGGUUAUUAAGGCAAACAAUAGUGUAUGGCAAAGCAGUUAUGGCAUUGUUAUUAUUUCUGUGGCAUUGCUAUCACCAUUACUUCUCUCAAAAGUGAGAACUUACAGCACUUUCUGCGCACAUAAUUACCUCAUUCAACAACAUUAUGAUGAUUAUUACCGUGGGUCACUACAAUGUACUUACAUUAGGUUUGUAAAUAUAUAUUUGAAUAUCCAUUAGAAUAGUGUGUUUAUGAAAUAUGUCAGACUUUUAUUUAAUUCACACAAAAAAACAUGUAUACUUUGAUUUAGUACAUUCUAGAGGAAGACUGAAGCAAGACAUUAAUACUCUAAAGUUAGUUUAACAGUUUGACAAUUGUGCAUUAAAUGCCAGUUAUUGUUGUUGUUAAUGUUAUGUUUUGUUUUAAUAGUGUGUUAGUCUGAGUUUGAUUCUGUGACUUUGCCUAAAACGGAUCCCAUGAUGUCUGUGUAAAUGUGCAAUUGAACUAUUUGUCUUUAAGUCUGACCAUGUCAUCGCCUUUUAAUUAAUACAUUCUAAAAUUAACAUAUUGUUUACAACUACAGUAAUACAAGUGGCUAUUUAUUUAUGUGUAAUAUAGUCCAACAACAACAUGGCUAUGCCAGUAAAGUACAUUUUUGCUAAGAAAUAAAAACAGGGAAAAAACAUAUUCAACAUA